AUGCCACCAGGACCACCAGUCGACACGAACCCCGAAGACCAAGAAACAAGUGCAACACUCUCCGCAGACCUAAAAGCAAGCUGUCUAAACCUCCGCUCGGAGAUAGACACCUACCAGUCCCUCCUCGCAUCAACACUGCGCAAUCCACAGCUCGUGGAAGCGCGCCAAUUCAGAUCAAAUGUCAAUUCCGAAUUGAAGAUGUUGGAGAAAUUGGAGAGACAGAUGGAAAGCGCUACACAACGUGAUGAUGCGCAAAAAGGAGAAGGUGUGAAAAGAUUCGAUCUCGAUCUCGAAGUAGAGAAAAGACUACUACAUGCGCUACGCUCCUCCAAUCUGCCUUUCUAUCAAUCCGUUUGGGAUAUUGCCAAGGGGACUUGUUCCGGUUUGACUGCGCUUGGUAAACGGUUUUAUUGGGAUGAUGAGUUACAGUCGCAGCCUAAAGCUGCGAAGAAGAAGGGCGCGAAGAAGAGUGAUGGUGUUGCCGGACAGGGCGAGAAACAGCCUAACAAGGAUAAACGCAAUAGUGUUUUUGUGGAUAUUGUUUCCGAUGACGGGGCGGAAUGGGUGAAGGUAUCUACGGUCACGCAGGAUCGACUUUUGUUCGAGAUGGCGAAGAAUUGUUGGCAGUGGGAGCCUGAUUCGGAUGAUGAAGAGGGGGAAGAUAUUAAGGUUGAGGAUCGGGUGCUUCAUAUGAAUCGGAGAACGCGCAAUAUGUAUGGAGAUGAUGGGGAUGAUAAGCUGGAGCUUAUUCGGUUAGCGGUCGAUCUACGGAAAGCGGCUGAUGCUACGUUGGUUGGGUAUAAACAUCCUCGGAUCAGGGUUGUUUUGCCUAGGAUUGAACAAGGGAACGUUCCUGAGAUUGAUGAUAUCAUUGAAGAGAUGCGGAGUUGGGGUAUGGAUGUCGAUUGCAAGAAAAGUCUGCAGUUGACAACUCACUCUGGGCUGGAGCAUCUUCUUCCGCAUCCGUUCAAGAAGUUUACCUCUACCCUGAAUGUUGAUUGCACUCUCCUCCUUGCUAUGGUGUCUGAUCUCUCGCACUUCAAGGAUAUUCCACCAGAGCCGCAUUUCCACCGAGCCAUCCUUCGACAAAUUGAGGUCGAAAAGCAAAAGCCACUUCUUUUAACCGAGCUCUGGCCUGCUAUGGGUGAUCGCAAGCUUGUUUGCACGAAAGAGGCUGCUGGGCGGAUGCGAGAAAUCGUUGAAACCAUCGGCACUGAAACAGAGAAAACACGCACUCAGAUCAUGAUGGGAGAUUCUUCAUAUGGGCAACUUGAUCACACUGCUAUGCUUCAAAAGUUCCAGGAAUUGUCUGAUUAUGAGGUUCCCACGGAAUGGAAAUUUCCUAUCAUUGUUGUUGAUGCCCAAUCAACCUUCGAAUCGAACAGCACACGUGGCAGACUCCCUUCGGUGGAACAGGAACUUGCAAAAGAGCUGUCAGACAUCAAUUACAGCGUCUUCAUGUAUGGCUGGUUCAACGAUUUGACGACCAUUUCCAGCAACCGGACCAUCAACAAACAAAUCGAAUCCACGGUCGAAAAGCACAGGAAUGGGGAUUCUUCUUUGAAAGGUCCCAAGAUAUGGAUCUGUGACACAGCACGGAGUUUGGUGGGCAAAGACAAAGAUCGAAAAGCAUAG